CCAUCACAGCUCCCUUUACAAGCACGACGAUAUCCAGUUAUUCCAUGGCAUACCCCAAUGACCCUGUACUUCCUCGGAGACAAGGAAUAGUGUUGACGAACUUAUUGACUUUGAACCAACGCUCUUACAAGUUCCUCUUCCUCUCUAUUUCUGCCUUGGCUACAUCAUGUGCGGGAACGCCCCAACUCAACCCGGUCUGCUUCCUCACGGAGAUGAAUCAGUAUUUGAACGACCUCGGCGAUUCCCCUCCAAAGACAUUCUCCAGGCGCUAAGUACACUCGGUCCGCACCAAAUAAUUCCUUCAUUGAUUUCUUGCACAAUACAACACGGCUGUCCCCUGAUGCAGCGUCAGUCACGCGAGAAGAUGCAGAGAAUAGUUUCUUCGGAGUACCUCCUAGCCCGAAGCUGGUAUCCGACCCUCCUUCACUACAGCUCACGGAUACGUACGCUACCAAUUCAUCACAUAGCCUGGAUGCUAGCUUCGAUCUUGCUCUCCCUGAAGAUGGCCAGUGGUCCCUAUCGCCUACCAUUGAGACAGAGAGCAUAUCCCCCGAGAGUCUUUCUCCUUCAGGCAGCGCGGAAGCACUCAAAACUUGAAGAAACUACCAGCAGGCCCCAUCAUAUACGUGCGCAGACCUCCAGGGGUGUCUGUUUUGCAGGAAGCCCCAGCGCUCUCCGUCUGGCAAGUUACGAGGAAACGUUCAGAUCAAAUAUCGCACCAGUGAAUCGGCCUCUGUUACUGAUGAAGGCAACGCGACUAGGUUAGCGAGACAGUUGGACGACGGGGAGGCUAAGGAUGACGCGGGGUGGACUGCUGAAGCUGUUUCUGCUCCACCUGCACAAGCUGGGGCGCAGCCAAGUCUCAAGUUGCGGAUUCGUCGAUCGGGCACCCGUGCGGGCUCUAAUGGGUCGUUUGCACCGUCGAAACGUACUGCUGGCGAGGAGGAUGAGGGUUGUGCCAGUGUCGACGAUACCAGUGGUCUCGGCCAAGAUGGUCGUGG